AUGUGCUACAUUUGCAACUGCUUCGCUUGGACUCUAGACCUUAUACAAAGAGCUAUCACUUUUGCAUUAGCAUGUCUAAUGGCUUUCGCAGUGUGCUUUGGGCUCACCAUUGCGAUAGUGGCUGGUAUAGCUUAUGGCUACAAUUACUCUAUGGCUGAGUUCUUAACAUUCACUAGAACUAACGUCUCAGUAUUCAUGCGUCGAGGACAAUUCCUGGAUACACCUGAUCUUUUUGGCAAAAAUAGAAGAAUGGGAAAUCACGAUGAUGCAUUCUCUACAAAUAUAACAAACGAUUACCAAGACGAAAGCCGUAGGAGUGACAGUAGAUCACUUUCUGACUCUUGGAACGCAGCCGAAGAGACCAGAAGAUACGCUGAAAAACUGACAAAAUACGCUGCUGAGAAGUCUUACGAUACAGAAAUCGAUGCACCCAAUAAUAUUUAUUCCAAAAUAAGCUUGUCUCCGGUUCUAACGGAAAUUCCGAUCUUUGGAAUUCCAACGGCCGUAUGGAAAAGCGGCUCAUCGAAAAUAAUCAUGAGGAAUUUUCCUCCCGUCGAAGAAAUAACUUCAGCUAUCAAAUCGCUCAAGGAUUAUGAUGACGAGAAUUUUCAUAAAAAUAAUAAUACUAAUUCGAAUGAAAGAACAAAUAACAGUUCCGAAUCAAAUAUAUCAAAAGAGAAAAAUGAAGAUGGUGUAAGUGAAAACUUAACAACGCUGAAUUCAUUGAGUUUCUCAACAUACAAAGCUCCGCCGGUUCUGGACUAUCCAUCUGAAGACGUCGAAGAAGAUAAGAUAAUAUACAAGCCAGUGUGA